AACUCAACGUACGGAAGUCACGACUACUGGGAAGAUCGUUUUGAAAACGAAGACAGUUUUGAAUGGCUGCUCUCUUACGAACAACUUGCAGCCCAAAUUGAACCCCAUCUCCUGCCGGUCAGUCGCAUUCUCGUCGUCGGGUGCGGCAACGCUCCAUUUUCCGCCGACCUCUACGAUGCCGGAUAUCACAAUAUUGUCAACGUAGACUAUUCCGAAACGGUAAUUGCCAAUAUGCAACAAAGGCACCUAACGGAGCGCCUCCAAAUGGAAUGGCUUGUCAUGGACAUGACAGAUCUGUCGGCAUUGAUGGACGCCAGUUUCGAUGUCGUAAUCGACAAGGCUGCCAUGGAUGCUAUCAUGACCAAAGAAAGCGAUGUUUGGAAUCCCGAUGCUUCUGUAGUACGAGCUAGUCGUGACAUGUGUCGACAUAUCUCACGAAUCCUCCGACCGGACGGCGGUGUAUUUCUACAAAUCAGCUUGGCACAACCACAUUUUCGCAAACGGUAUCUUUUG